AUGGAAUCAGCACAACAAGAAUCUCCCCCUACUUCUCUUAAGAAUGUGAAGCAUGUUAUAUUGAUUCUAUCAGGAAAAGGAGGGGUGGGUAAAUCAUCUAUAACCACUCAGACUGCACUUUCACUUGUGAAGAAAGGUUUUAACGUUGGAGUUCUUGAUAUUGAUUUAACGGGGCCAUCGAUGCCUCGAAUGCUUGGCGUGGAAUCUAAGCAGGUACAUCAAUCGACGGCUGGUUGGGUCCCGGUACGAGUUUAUGAUGACCAAAAAGAUAUUGGCAGGGGCAGUUUGUCAUUAAUGUCAUUAGGAUUUUUACUUGGUGAUAGAAAUAACUCAGUUGUAUGGAGGGGUCCUAAGAAGACGGCGAUGAUAAGACAGUUUUUAAAGGACGUGGUUUGGACUAGUGGUGAUUCUACAUUAGAUUAUCUUCUUAUUGACACCCCACCUGGCACAUCAGAUGAGCAUAUUGCUAUUGCGGAGGAACUUCGAUCUGCACAGCCGAUAGAUGGUGCUAUUAUAGUAACAACACCUCAGCAGGUUGCUACUGCAGAUGUUCGGAAGGAAAUCAAUUUUUGCAGAAAAGUGAAUUUCAAUAUUUUGGGCAUAAUCGAGAAUAUGAGUGGUUUCAUAUGCCCAUAUUGUAAAGAAUGCACCAAUAUAUUUCUGAGUGGAGGUGGUCUACAGCUUUGCGAAAGAAUGGACUUGAAAUUUUUGGGUAACGUUCCUAUAGAUCCAAAAUUCGUGGAAAUGGUUGAGCUGCAAGAUAAUGCAGAAAGCUCAAAGAAACUUAUUGACUUGUAUGAAUCUUGUGAAUUGGAACCAUUAAUGAGUGACAUUAUAGAUAAAGUACUUGAUGAGAAUCUUCCCUCGAGGAUAUAA